UUUAGAGAGAAAUCAUAAUGGAAAAGACUGAAGAAGAGUCAAAACUUGAUGCUAAACCUGCCACUGAAAUAGAGCUCUCAACCAAUGAAAAGGAAAUGAUCAAAGCAGUCACCAGCCUUGACUAUGCUUACUUUGAAGAUUUAUCAGGACUUGAAUACAACAUUAACUUUAGAAUUUCCCCUGAUGGGAUAAAUCUGCUGUUGCUAGCUUCCUCAAUAGGUGAUAUUCCCAUGAUCCAAAUGAUGGUUGCUAACAAACAUGUCCGUCUAAACCAUAAAGAUGCAAACGGAGAGAAUGCUAUCUUCUACGCUACUGCUUCUGGGAAUCUUGAGGCAGUGAAAGAGUUACGUAAAAGAGGCUGUCAUAUGCAGAUUAGUAAAAUAACAGGCGCUCAUCCAGCCCAUUUGGCAUGAAAAUAAGGGAUACCUUGAUAUUGUCAAAUACUUCAUCUCAGAUAUCGGCCUCAACCCUAAUAUAACUAAAUAAGGGGAUGACUAUGCUGAUGAUUGCAAGUUGGAAAAAGCAUCCUGAAAUCACAAAAUUCUUGUUAGAAAAUGAAGCUGAUCCAAACUUAGCUUUGGAAAAUGGAACUACUGCACUAUAUCUGGCCGCUAAAUCAGGUGACCAUAUCUCUCUUGAUUACCUCCUACAGUCAUCUACAGAGGUAGAUUGACUCUGUGACAACAGUAAGAGCACUCCUCUCAUGACAGCAGUUCAUAAUGGUAACCUUGAGUGUGUGAAGAAGCUGCUAAUUCAUAAAGCAAAUGUCAAUAUAUGAAAUUCAAAUGGUGAGGAUAUAUACAUACUCGCCUCCCAAUGACAAAGUCUGGAGGUAUUCAGGCUAAUCUUGACCCUAUAUACUUCCAAAGGUUUCGAGCUUGAUAAAGAGUGUCAUCUGGAUAAAAUGACUAUGUUCAUGAGAGCUUGUUUUACACAAAACCAUAAAAUUGCUAAAUACCUAAAGAAGAAGGGUGCCAAGAUUAAUUUCCACAACUCUGAUGGAGACUCUAUCCUUCACAUUGCGCUUCGUCACAAACUCAAGAAGGUGAUUGCCUUCUGUUUGUUGAUGGGUUGAAAUACUAAAUUAACCAAUGAAAAAGGUGAAAGUUAUGAGAAAUUUCUCAAAUCUGAGGAUCCAGAAUAUUCUUUCCUCGAAGGUCUCAAAGCUAAAGUCCAAGAAAAGCUAAAUAACCACAAAAAAGACAAAUUCUCACGAAAGAAGGCUACUGGGAAGAAUAAGAAACCCGAAGAUGGCAAACUUGGACGUGAUCACGAAGACACUUUAGAAGGUCAAGCCAAGCUAGAGCCCUUAGACUUGAGCUUUAACAACGACACUGAUGAAGGAUAGGCUUUCCUAAUAAAUCUCUUAGUAUUUAAGCCGAUAUAGUAAUCUUCUUGCUACUAUUAAUGCCUCUAAUUUCAGGGCUUUGCCCUGAAAUUAGUACGCAUUAUCAUAUUUCA